AUGCGACUCCGAAGAUCUCUGCCAUACCCAUUUCUCCUGGCCUUGACCUCUGUGCAUCUGCAACUCCUUUCUGGUCUAGACAACAAUCCUGCAGAUGCCAAAAAUGAGAAUGAAGAUGUGAAUCAUCAUGCUUCAAGAAGCUCUGUAGGGCUGAAGAUAAUUAUUAUAUGUCUUGGUGUGCUGACAGUCAUAGCAUUCUGUGUUUUUCUUUUCAAAUUAUGGCAAAGGAAGAAGAGAGAAGAGCAGCAUGCUCGUCUAUUGAAGCUGUUUGAAGAUGAUGAUGAACUUGAGGUAGAACUUGGUAUGCGGGAUUGA